AUGCCUUUCAUAGGCACUUUCCUCACAGUAAAUCUGAGGAUAAACCCGAGUCAUUGCCUGCUAGAAGUGGCUUAUUUUCCAUCAGUAGGUGUUUUGGCUAUUCCCAUUUCAGUACACAUCCCACGGCCUCUCCUCCACAUUUGUAAGUUGGAGCAGUUUCUCUCUGCUCCUUUUGCUCUACCAUCCCCAACCAACAAACCACCAGUUGCUUUGUCCACAGCAGAAGCUGAAUACGUGAGUGCUGCAGAAGCAACUUCACAAGCCAAGUGGCUAAGAUUUGUGCUUAAGGAUUUCGGUGAAGAACAAGUAGAAGGAACACCAAUCCUAUGUGACAACACUUCUGCUAUUGCAAUGGCAAGGAACCCAGUUCAUCACCAGAAAACAAGGCAUAUCAGUUGGAAAUUUCAUUUCAUAAGGGAAGCCAUUCAAGCAAAAGAAAUUGAGCUAAUCUACUGCAAGACAGAAGAUCAAAUAGCAGACAUUUUCACCAAGGCUCUGCCUAAGGAUCGUUUUGUUAGUUUAAGAAGACUACUUGGUGUGAAAUCAGCUAAAGGAUUAGAAGGGAGUAUUGAAAUGUAA